AUGUGGACAUACUGCGGGGCCCGGGCAGACCUCGGCCGCGCGUCCCAUGAUGGAACGACACCGGCCCAGCUGGCUGCCAUGAACGGCCAUGCGGAAGCCUUGCAGCUGCUGCGGGAGGCUGGGGCAGAUCUGGCGGCCGCAGACGAGAACGGCGUCACCCCGGCCUUGCUCGCCGCUGAGAAAGGCCACGCCGGCGUGCUGCGGCUGCUGCAGGAGGCUGGCGCGGACCUCGCCGCAGCGAAGAAGGACGGCAUCACGCCCGCCUAUCGGGCUGCGCAGUUCGGGCACGUCGAGGCCCUGCGGCUUCUGCUGGAGGCCCGGGCAGACCUCGGCCGCGCGUCCCAUGAUGGGACGACACCGGCCCAGCUGGCUGCCAUGAACGGCCAUGCGGAAGCCUUGCAGCUGCUGCGGGAGGCUGGGGCAGAUCUGGUGGCCGCAGACGAGAACGGCUGGACCCCGGCCUUGCUCGCCGCCGAGAAAGGCCACGCCGGCGUGCUGCGGCUGCUGCAGGAGGCUGGCGCGGACCUCGCCGCAGCGAAGAAGGACGGCAUCACGCCCGCCCAUCGGGCUGCGCAGUUCGGGCACCUCGAGGCCCUGCGGCUUCUGCUGGAGGUCUGCGUGGCUGAGCCGGCCUUGGGCCCCCUCCCGAACAGUGACGCGGUGGCUCUGUUUUGGAAGGACGGCCGAACGCCCGCCCACUUUGCUGCGCAGUUCGGGCGCCUCGAGGCCCUGCGGCUUCUGCUGGAGGCUGGCGCGGAUCUGCAGGCGCGCACGCAGCUGGGGGACACUCCCCUGACCGCGGCGGUGGCCGAAGGUCGCGUCCAAACUGUUGGCUUGCUGCUGAAAGCCCGAGCGGAUGCCAACGCCUUGGGCGCCUUCGAUGCAGAGAACCCCCUCGACCUGGCGGAGCGCCGCGGCAACGAGGACCUGGCCUCCAUGCUGCGCGCGGCCGGGGCCCGGCCCAGCGGCAAGGUUCUGCGACUCCGGGGGCUGAGCGCCCUGCGACCCCGGGACAUCCCCACAGCUGCAAGGACCUGGUUCACCAGCGGAGCCCGCGACCUGGCAAAGGACAAGGGAAAGCGCUACCACGAGGUGCUCCUUCGGGGGCGCUUCGCGAAUCCACAGGUGGGAUGGUUGAGUGCCCACUUCCAGGAAGGUGGAUACGACACCAUUGGCGUGGGAGACGAUGCAGAUGGCUGGGCCUUCGACGGCGAGCGCUGCCUGCAGUGGCAAGCCGGUCGGAAGCAGAAGGCAGCCCUCGCACCGUGGAGAGCCGGCGACGUCCUCGGACUUGCCCUGGACUUCGACAGCGGCACAAUGCGCCUGUCGCAUCAGGGCAUUUGGCAUCCCGAGGAUGCCUACCAGAUGAAGUUUCAGGCCAGCGGUCGCCGCUUGUACCCGGCUGUAUCCAUGCGUGGCUUCUUCUCCAUGGCCAUUUCCAAGAAGGAUUGGAAGCAUUCGCCACCGACAAAAGAGUAUCAGGCCUGGGGAGAAGGCACUUUCGACUGGGGCGUGACUGACAACUGA